AUGGGUGGCAAAGGCGGCGGAAGUGGUGGAAAGGGAGGCGGCGGAGGAAGUGGAAAAGGAGGAGGCGGGGGAGCGGGUGGCAAAGGAGGAGGAGGCGGCGGCAAAGGUGGUGGUGGAGCUCAACAAUCCUCCGGCAGCAAAAGUGGAGGCGUUGGUGGGAUGAUGAAAGCCCCAGGGGGUGGUGGAACUUAUAUUUCUAGGCCAACUUUUGAGAGUAACCCACAGGGUUAUUUCUCUGGUCUUCACCAUGGCGGCGGAGGAAAUUAAGUACGCUGGAUCUUGUCCUGCUCUUUCUCUAUGUACACUAUGUAAUGGGUAAACUAUAACCAUGAAUGUGAAUAAAUAAAGCUGUAGUAUAUCUUUGUAGUGACCUUUUAAUGACCAAUUUCCUUGCUUGCCUAAGCUUUAAA